UUUACCUUCUAGGUUGCGAGGUCCGGCAACGGGUGAUAGAAAUGUUUAAGUCGGUGUUGGGCUGUAAGCGUGAGAUAUACGCGUGGCGCACUUCUCAAGGGGGCAGCACCAUCGCUGCCUUCAAUUCCGAAACUGGGUAGGUGAUUACGCCCACAUGUGUUCAUGGCUCGUGCGUUGUGAGGUGUUGAACCGGCGAUGGCUAUCGUUUUAUUCUGUGGUUUCGAGAAAAUCGAAUUAUUGUGCGAGUUUUUUCGAAGUUCGAACUUGAAGAAAGGUAUUAAGCUUUACGACAGUAACCACGUGUAUGCCGUUCGCGAAGUUCAGGACCAUAUAAACAUUGGACCCGUCGUGACAGGGAAGUGCGUUGCACAAACAGGGAAGCAGGCGUAUGACGUCGUAAUCGAGCUGCAGCAACAACGAAAGAUCAGCCGUGCGUCCUGUACUUGUAGAGGAGGAAUUCUAGGCCGCUGCAAACAUGUUGCUGCUGUAGCUGCCUUCAUCAACAAAUCAGCGGUGAACUCGUGCACCUCCUUUCCGCAGUCAUGGGGCGUUCCAACGUCCAAGCCACAGCUAGACGACAAAAAGAGCAUUGACGAUCUUUUUGGAGGUGAAGGAAAGAAUGCAACAGCUGCAAAACGCAUUGUGCCAGUGCUGCUGUCAGACCUCCUACCAAAAUUUCAAGGAAUUCGAAGUGUGGUCACCAAAGCAAUUGAGCUUGAAUUUGCAGAUGAAGUUGAGAGGGCCUGCCGCAUAACUCUUCAAAGUCUUAUUGAAGCUGCAGCAUCCAAAGUUGAGAAAGAGGACAUCCAUGCUGCACUUCAGGCCAGCGCACAUGAGAGAAGCGUAUUUCAGUGCAUGAAUGUGGUGCAGGCUUCUCCAACACUGAGGAGGCACGUUUCACACUGUAAUGUGGAAGAGGUUGCGCGUGCCACUCUCGGACAAAAUGUUAAUGACAGGUGGCACAAAGAGAGACGGUUGAGAGUCACAGCCUCAAAUGCACACAGGGUGUGGACAAGGAAAGAUGGAUUUGAGAAGUUAGCGAAAAGCCUAGUCUGCCCGAGGAGAGUUCAGACAGCUGCAAUGGCAUAUGGCACAGCAACUGAGACAGCUGCCCGGCAAAGUCUGCAGAGGGAGAUGAAGGUACCUGUGACACAGAUUGGAUUGGUAGUGCAUGAUCAGCAACCCUGGUUAUGCGGAAGUCCAGAUGGCCUCAUGAAGAUCAGAGAAGAACAAGUGCUCGUCGAGAUCAAAUGUCCUCACAGCAGGCGGGGGAAACCAGUUGUGGACAGGGCACAGAAACUCAGCUACGUGAAGUACCUGACUUAUGAUCAUGAUGAAGGGCAGUUCUACCUCAAAGAGACGCAUUCUUACUACACACAAGUACAAGUAAUGAUGUACAUUCUCAACAUCACCAAGACAUUGUUUUAUGUAUAUUCUUCGAGCCAACAGGUCACUGUAAAUGUAGCAAGGAAUGACGCAUUUUUAUCCCAGUUGGUACCAAAGCUUGAGCACUUUUAUUUUGUGCAUCUAUUGAAUGAGUUUUGCUAGGAAGAAAAUGUUGAUGCAGAAUAAAAGAUGACAGGCCCAUACCUGCGGGUUUUACCAAGAGUAUGUGUUUCGAAAAGUUUUUGAUAAUCAGACACAUCAACUUUGCAGUCACAGGAAGUGUGCGUAGCAGG